GGACAGUCGACAAUGGUUCUUUGCACUACACGUCCGCGCGCCGGCCACUGUGGGAUGACUGAGGCGACACCGGCCAUCGGCUUCACACGUUGACACAGAGGGCCGGCGCGAUGGACGGCUGCUACGUGCCCAACAACCCGCAGUUCGGCCUGUCGGAGGCGGCGGCCUGGGGGCUCGACGACAUGGGCUCCUUCUCGCUGCCCGCGCUCGACCUCGACCCGCUGCCCAGUCUGCUGCCGUUCAGCCCCGCCGCCUACAAGACGGAGAAGCAGCCGCAUGACAUGGCGGACGUGCUGCUGUCGCUGAAGCACGCCGUUGUGCACCCGGGACAGGUGGGCGGCGGCCCGCUGUCGCCGGGGCUGCCCGCCGAGACAGUAACGAGAGGCGCGCGCCGUGUGCUCUGUCCUCAGGAAGCGUUUGACAGGUGCUGCCUGUUUUCACCGUCCGAUGCAAGCUUUUCCUGCCGCCAGAUGCUGUCGCCCGGCGGCGGCUACGGCGGCUCUCAGUUCUGCGAGCAGAACGGCUUCUGCCAGGCCACGCCGGCGCCGCAGCAGCACAAUAUGUUCCCCAGCAUGAGCGUCAACGUCUCCAUGAACAUGACCAUGCACGGCUACCCGCCGCCCGACAACAUGGGCUGUUCACAGAUGCAGUGGGCGCCCGGGCCGACGGCGUCGCCGGUGUACCCGAUGCAGACCGCGCAGGCGCAGGCGCUGCUGAGUCCGCAGGGCUACGGCGGCGGCGCCACCUACUCCUUCACGGCCGACUUCCGACCGCCGGCCCAGCAGCAGCAGCCGCAGGUCCCCGCUGCCGCACCCACCCAGCCCACGCACCAGGUUCGGUCCCCUCAAUGGUUAUUCAUACACCCUUGCGAGAAGCCGUACAUCGACGGUCUACUGAUGCGUCGUCAGCAUGCAGGGUUUCUGCCGCUGCUGUUGAAGGCGAUCGCUAGUCUUUUCGAGGAUGUGCUGGUGGUGGGAGCGGCGCCGACGCUGCCGGUGCUGACGGCCGACAUGGCGUCGCCGGCGUCGCGGGCGUCGGUGGGCGUGGCCCCGCGCGCCUCCCCUCGCCGCUUCCCGCCCCCGCCGGGCAAGAUGGCCGCCACCAUGACGCUGUCCGCCUCUGUAUCCCCUCCGCCGCCUCCGCCGACCCACGUUCUUGAUGAGUCGCAGCGGCCGAACCUGUGCCGCAUCUGCGGCAAGACGUACGCGCGGCCGAGCACGCUGAAGACGCACCUGCGCACGCACUCCGGGGAGAAGCCGUACCGCUGCGGCGACUGCCACAAGUCGUUCAGCCAGGCGGCCAACCUGACGGCGCACGUGCGCACGCACUCGGGCGAGAAGCCGUUCCGCUGCGCCAUCUGCGACCGCCGCUUCUCGCAGUCGUCGUCCGUCACCACGCACAUGCGCACGCACUCUGGCGAGCGGCCGUACCGCUGCCGCCUCUGCCGCAAGGCCUUCUCCGACUCGAGCACGCUCACCAAGCACCUGCGGAUACACUCCGGCGAGAAGCCUUACCAGUGCAAGCUGUGCCUGCUGCGCUUCUCGCAGUCCGGCAACCUCAACCGCCACAUGAGGGUCCACGGCGGGGGCGGCGGCGGCGGGGGC